UCACCCUAACAAAGUUCAAGUAGUCAAUUCAUCCCUUUUCUUACAAAUCUAUCAUCUCCGUCUUCACACGAAUUCGUUCGUUUCUGCAAAUAUUGAAUCGCAGCCAUGGCGAUGCAAGCAGGCAUGGGAUUCUCUAAGAUCAUCAUCCUAGUCGGAGCAGGGUAUACUGGUACGUUGAUGCUGAAUAACGGCAAAUUAUCUGAUGUGUUGGGCGAACUUCAGAAAUUGGUGAAAGGAUAUGAACAAGGGCAGGGGGAUGGAGGUGAUGCUGAUCAUGCUGAUGCAAUUGCUGCACAGGUUAGAAGAUUAGCGAUGGAAGUUCGCCAGCUGGCUUCUUCGAGGCAGAUCACUGUUCUGAAUGGUGGUGCUGGUGGUGGUGCAACAUCUUUAGUGGUACCAGCUGCUGCUGUGGGUGCUGCGGGUUAUGGAUACAUGUGGUGGAAGGGUUAUUCAUUCUCAGACCUCAUGUAUGUGACAAAGAAAAGCAUGUCAACUGCUGUUUCAAACUUGACAAAGCAUCUGGAACAAGUGUCAGACGCCCUUGCUGCUGCCAAGAAACAUUUGACACAGAGGAUUGAGAAGUUGGAUGGAAAAAUGGACCAGCAAGUGGAAAUAUCCAAGUUGAUUAGAAGUGAGGUGGGUGAUGUCCGUGAUGAUCUUUCCCAAAUCGGCUAUGACUUGGACUCGCUAAAUCAAAUGGUUUCCGGUUUGAAUGGCAAGAUAAUGACAUUGGAAGAAAAACAGGAUCUAACUAACCUUGGAGUGUGGUACCUCUGCAACAAGGCUGAAGGAACUAAGAUGUCUGGCAAGGCACAAGAACAACUCAAACUUGCUGGCAAAUCCUUUGCUGGUUAUCUCACGUCAGGGGGGAUGCUAAAUAUUGAGGGCAUGAAAGAAAUAGCAGACAAUUUAGAUUCAAGUGACGUUAAUAAGUCGCCAACAACUGGCAUAUCAGAAGAUAUUUCCUUCGGGUCUGACAGUCAACCGAGAAGGUUGACCAGGAGAAAUACUGUCAAGUUCAGCUCUUGAAGCAAACAAAGAGUAUUUAAACUGAAGAAUGCAAGUCAUAUGUAAUGUGCACUAUACUUGUGCCCAAUAAGCCAAAACAUUGAAACAUACUUUUUAGUUUUUACCCAUUUGUGGGUAGCCAUGUUUCUUUUUAUUAAAUGAUGAACCUAUGUAUGUAUGUAUUUGGUUUUACUUACAUGAUAGAGUAUUUACAAAAAUCGUCCACGUGGCAUGUUGAACAUUGUAGAUUUGGUCGCUGAAACUUUAUUAAUUGCACUUUACGUAUUAUUUUU